AGAGUCCCUCAGGGCCCUUUAAAUACCGCGUUGGGGGGGACGCUGGGGCUGGGGGGAUUGUUGGGCUGGUGAGUUUUAGAGGUGCUUGUGCUGUGCUCGGUGAGGGGACGCCCAGAGAGCCCUGAUCCGGGGUCACUCCGUCGCCGUUCUCCUCUUGUCUACGUGCUGGACCCGGUGCGUAUCCAUCACGGGGGAGGCGUUGCCGGCUCGGAGGUGACCGGCCAGGUCCAACGGAGGGGACACCGCUGCAGCCCGAAGGCUCCCCUGCCCUAUCUCGGAACUCCAUCCUGGGACGGCGGGGUCAGGGGCCAUCAAGCUCGGCCCCUAGUUCAUGUCUUCCCACUCCGCGUCCCCUUGUUUGACCUCGAACUGCCGUCCCGCGUGGGAGCAGGGAGCGGGGAGCGGGGUACCGAGUGGCCGCCCCGCGUGUCAGGGUGGACACGGACUUCGGGCCCCGGAGGCCGCUUCGCCGCUGUUUAAAUCCUGCUGGACAGGUACCAGCGGCAUCCCGCCAUCAGGGGCCCAGGGCACCCCCUUCCCCCACACUCCUCGGCCGGGCUGGAGUGGGGAACUGAGCCAGGGUAGAGGCCGGGCGGGCCCGGCAGCGUGUGUUUGGGGUUUGUUGCCGUGGUUUCCCCGGCACUCGGCUCUGCCUCCGCCGUCCCCUCCCCCGAGGGUUUGUUUUGACAGGAAACCUGGUGCUGCUGGAGGGGAGGGGCGGCCAGGGGACGUGGGCGAGGUCGUGCAGACUGCUGCUGCGUCCCCUUGCCGGGACCUUUGGUUAAGGGGAAGAGGUGGAGAAAUGCCGAUUGGGCCUGGGCUCGAACGCUGAACCCUCAGGUGUUGCUUAUGCUUCCCAAAGCUGCUACUGUAGGUGGCACCACCUGGAGGUAAUAGCAAUGAUUUGAGGUGGCACAUGGAUGAACAUAGUUACUUGUUUUCGUUACUAUUAAGAAAAUCUGUUCCAUUAAGUAAGCAGUUUCACAAUGAUAGAGUUUCCUUUUAAAAUAAAUAUAUUUAAAUGCAAAAAUCUAGUCGAGAUAGAGACGCGGUUACUAAAUUAUAGUAUAGGUAAGGAGGGAGACGUAGAAAUAGUCAUGAAGAGUGGCACUCAAACGACUUAAGUUUGGGAAAUCUUAGAUGAUUGUCCUGCUACCUUAACUGUGAAGAAACUGGACAAGUUGUCCUUGUCCCCAGUGGGCGUCUCAGCACCCAUGGUCACCAGCUCAGUCACGGACCUUGCUCUUCUCACCUGCCAACGGAUAAUGAGUUUAUCUCAGUGGUUCCCACUUGAGGAGGCUCCCUGCCGUGGUCCUUUUCCUCUCUUCUCUAGGGAUUUCAUGCAUCACCCUGACAGCCAGUGGAAGUUGCCUGAUUUGAAGAGGCCCAGGGCCGAAGAUACCCAGUCAUGUGUGGAAGCAGCUUCAAUGCCAUUUUGUGAGAGGUUGAGGGCCCCAGAGGGGGAAGCACAGGCACUGUUCAAGAAGGACAUCAGGACAAGUUUGACUGUCUAGAAGAGUUCUUGUAACGAGUGGUAUUGAAGCUAUCACAGCGGUGGGCACAAUCAAAAUUUCAAAACUGCAAGAGGUUGGACUGUUCUGCAUUUGAAUCUUGAAGUUUCAGUUCAGCCUGUCAUCUUCUCUUUUAAUCUUCUAUUUGGAAAUACUUUCAAACUUACAGAUAAAGUCGUGAGAAUAGUAUAAGGAAUACCAUGUUGUCUAUCUACUUUUUACUCAGAUUCACCUAUUAACAUUUUGCUCUAUGUGCUUUAUUAUUUUUUCUCUUUCAUUUGAAUCAUUUGAGAAAAAGUUGUAUAUGUCAUGGCCCUUUAUUCCUAAAUACAAAAGCACAGUACAUUUCAACUUCAGUAUAUUUAACAUUGGAUAACAGACAGUAGAUUCAAAUACUGUUAACAGUGCUAUUGAUUGACUGAUACUGUCCUUUACAGCAUUUUUGCUUCAGUAUAGGAUCCACUCUAGGAUCACCUAUUGCACUCAGUUAUCAAGUGUUUUUUUUUUUUUCAUCUGGAACAUAUUCUCAACCUUUCUUUGUUUUUUAUGACAUUACAUUUUCGGAACUUGUAACUUCUUUUAAUAAGAAUAAAAUAAUAGUUGACAUCCGUCAGGCACUUACUAGGAGCUUAAGUACUUGACAGAUACUAUUUCAGUUAAUCUUCACAACAUUUCUACAAGGUGGAUACUAUUGUCCCAUUUUACAAAUGGUAAGUUCUCUGUUUCUAGUCAGUAAAUAAUCAAGAGGAGCCGGGAUCAAGAACGCAGUCCACCUAGCUCCGGAGACAAUGUUCUUACGGCUUCAGUGACAUGUAUUAUCAUCAGUGUAUCUUUGCAAUCCUGAACCAGUGCAGGACUAUUUGCAGAUAGAGUUGCUGCAGAAAGGAAAUCAGGAAGUAAAGCUGUACACAAGCUGAGGAAUCACAAGCAAAUUAAAAACCAAUCUCCUCUCUAUCUGUAGUGAAAUACAGCACUAGCCCCUUCAAGUCCUUGUACCCAUUCACACCUCUUAAAUGUCAGUAGUCUUACUACCAUUCAUUUAUUCAACAAUAAAUAUUUGAAUGCUUGCUGUAUUCCAGUGAUUGGUCUCAGAAGAAAUGACAUAAUAUUAUAUUUAUUAUCACAAAGUGAUGGAAUAAUACAAUAAAAAAUGUGAAUAUGACAGUACUUUUCUUUGAAUACUGACCUGCUAUCGUGUUGGAGGCUUUGCUUGGAGUCAUCUUCAGUCUUUUCUGUUGACUUUACCUUUAACCAGUGAUUAAAUCCUCCAGGUAUGAUGAGAUGUGAUGUUUCUGAAAAGUUGUUUGAUUUACUUGUGAGUUGCAGUGGCGAAGGUUAGGUAGAUCUAAGUUUGCAUAAGGAGUAUUCCCUUUCUUAAAGAAACAGCCUGGUUUCAUUAUCAUCAGUCUAAGGGAUAAUCCAAAAUAGUUUUUAAAGCAGUCUAAAUAUCCUCAGUGCCUUUUGAAUCAAGUAGCUUUGUCCCCAGGUGACUUACUUGGAAACUCAAGACCGAGAAAGGUAAGAGCAGGUAUGAAGGAACUUGCGGAAGACCAUUGACACAGUGAUGGGCCGUUCGUUUUUGGUUUUUGUCUGUCAAACAAGUGCCAAGAGUUCUGUUCUAUGUUAACUACCAGCCUUGUUUGUCUGUUGAAGAACAUGGUGUUAUCCUGACAUAAAACUGUUUUUCCCUCCAGAGUGUUUAAUUCCUGAGGCAAUGAUAUUAACAAAAAAAAGCAAAUAAUAGAAAACAUUUGUAUACUGUUUACUGUGUCAGUUACUGUUCCAAACACGCUGCAUGUAUUGGGUACCUGAAAUCUCACACCAACCGUAUGAAUUAGGUAUUCUUAGGAAGCCUAUAUGAGGAAACACAAUUUUUUAAUAGAGUAAUAAUGGGCAUUUUGGCUUCAAAUACAAGUUUCUGUUUGGAUACACUAAGGCCCAGUUAUAAUGUGGAGGCUUCUACCCACUAAACGAGUCUCUAAACAUUUUGAAGCUUUUAAAUUUUCCAUUGCAGCCCCUGUGCCAGGAACUCUACUUCCAGUGAAUUGCUGGAAGAAAGUGUAGUUUCACAUUGUUAAGCAUGACUGCCAUAAGCACAUUUCUCAGAACUUCUCGUGAUGCCUCAUGGAACUCUGGGUUUGGAGCAUCAUAUAUUCCUUGCUGAGAGAAACCUUAUGACUGGCCCAACCUCUCAGAAAAAUGUGCAUAAAGUCACACGGCACAUUAAUGAUGAACCCAGGCCACAAACCCUGGACUCCUGACUCCCAAUUAUUUUAAUCUUUGCACUUUUCUGCCUUGUUAAACACAAUUAAGAAACGUACCAAGUGUGCUAUCCAGCUAAAGUAGAAAAAUGAAAUGGACAGUUAAAACUAUUAAGCUAGUUCAUAAAUUCUCAUGGCUGGAAGCUCUUAUUCACUUUCACUUGGAAAAACAGCCAGAGCUCAUUUGAGGGCAACUGUAGUAGAGAAAAAUUAAGAGCAGGGCAUGCAUAGCACAGUGGUUACAUUACAGGGGAAUAACUGGGGAAAAAAAAAUGACUUAAAGUGGAAACAAACUUUAAGAUAUUCAAAUAAGAGCAUGACAAGGACCUGGGAAUUUUGAGGUUUAAAUCUAAUAAGAUAGGCUUAAGCCGUAGAUUCUCUGCUCUAGGGCUUGGGCUUUGGCAGUACCAGGCUGGUUAACGUGUCGUGAUAUCAGCUUGCAAAUGUUCUGGUUGAAGCUGUACCAAAUGAGAUUCAGGGAUUCUGAUUUAGCUGACACUGAAUGAAUACUUGUCAUAUACUUGGCACUGGUCGUGGACAAGACACAAUCUCUGCUUUAUUAAGGAGAUUCAGAAGUAGCCAUGGGAAGAAAGUAACAAGGAACUAAUGUACAAGGAACUAAGUGCUGUCAUGGAGAUACAGGAGACGCGCUGCAGACAUACCAAGAGGAGUGCUGUUCACUUUGGCUAGAAGCAAGGCUUCCUGGAGAAGAUUGGAGCUUAAGCUCAGGUAGAAUUUAGUCUUCAUGAGUUAGAGGAGGCUGUUUCACCACUGAGGAUGCAAGGGCUCAAGACUCUUAUAGCCAGUGUUCAUGGCUUUGGGAUUCUGGGAUAAGGUGCUACCUUUUUACCCACACUUAAGUGACACAAAAUGCCCUUCAAUGGCGAGAAGCAGUGUGUGGGAGAGGACCAGCCAAGCGAUUCUGAUUCUUCCCGGUUUUCUGAAAGCAUGACUUCGCUCAGUGACUAUGAAUGCUCCAGGCAGAGCUUUACAAGUGACUCCUCCAGCAAAUCCAGCUCUCCUGCUUCAACAAGCCCUCCAAGGGUUGUAACAUUUGAUGAAGUGAUGGCUACAGCAAGGAACUUAUCAAACUUGACUCUUGCUCACGAGAUUGCUGUAAAUGAGAACUUUCAAUUGAAACAAGAGGCCCUCCCAGAAAACAGUUUGGCUGGUCGAGUGAAACACAUUGUUCACCAGGCCUUCUGGGACGUCUUGGAUUCAGAACUAAAUGCUGACCCUCCUGAGUUUGAACAUGCCAUCAAACUGUUUGAAGAAAUCAGAGAGAUUCUUCUCUCUUUUCUCACUCCCGGUGGCAACCGGCUUCGCAACCAGAUCUGUGAAGUUUUGGACACAGACCUCAUUAGGCAGCAGGCUGAGCACAGUGCUGUUGACAUCCAAGGCCUGGCCAACUAUGUCAUCAGUACGAUGGGAAAGCUGUGUGCUCCCGUGCGAGAUAAUGAUAUCAGAGAGUUAAAGGCUACUGGCAACAUCGUGGAGGUGCUGAGACAAAUAUUCCAUGUCCUGGACCUCAUGGAAAUGGACAUGGCCAAUUUUACAAUUAUGAGUCUCAGACCACACCUUCAACGCCAGUUGGUGGAAUAUGAGAGAACCAAGUUCCAGGAAAUUUUGGAAGAAACUCCAAGUGCUCUUGAUCAGACUACAGAAUGGAUAAAAGAAUCUGUAAAUGAAGAAUUAUUUUCUCUUUCUGAGAGUGCUUUAACUCCUGGGGCCGAAAAUACCUCCAAGCCAAGCCUGAGUCCUACUUUGGUGCUAAAUAAUAGUUACUUGAAACUGUUACAGUGGGAUUAUCAGAAAAAAGAAUUACCAGAGACACUCAUGACAGAUGGAGCACGUCUUCAGGAACUGACAGAAAAGCUGAAUCAAUUGAAAAUUAUUGCCUGCCUGUCCCUAAUUACCAACAACAUGGUGGGUGCUAUUACAGAAGGCCUGCCUGAGCUUGCAAGCAGGUUAAAAAGGAUUUCAGCUGUUCUACUUGAAGGCAUGAACAAAGAGACCUUUAACUUGAAGGAAGUCCUGAAUUCUAUUGGUGUUCAGACUUGUGUUGAGGUUAACAAGACCCUGAUGGAAAGAGGUUUACCCACUUUAAAUGCUGAGAUUCAAGCUAAUCUUAUAGGUCAAUUUUCAAGCAUUGAAGAGGAGGACAAUCCUAUCUGGUCCUUGAUUGAUAAACGAAUUAAGCUUUACAUGAGAAGCCUACUUUGUCUUCCAAGCCCUCAAAAAUGCAUGCCUCCUAUGCCAGGAGGCCUAGCUGUCAUUCAGCAGGAGCUAGAAGCCCUAGGCUCUCAAUAUGCAAACAUUGUGAAUCUCAACAAACAAGUGUAUGGACCAUUUUAUGCAAAUAUACUUCGAAAGCUGCUCUUCAAUGAGGAAGCCAUGGGGAAGGUAGAUGCUUCACCUCCUACUAACUAAAGAAGAACUGACAUUGGAUGAGAGAUUGGAAAUCCAGCACUUUGGUAUCCAGUCCACUUCCAUUGACGGCAUUAGAGAUCCAGCACAUUCUCAGUACUGUGGUGCAGUAUUAGCCCAAAUCUGUGUAAUGGGUAAUAUUAGCAUUACAGAAGACACACACAUCACAUAGACCCUCAUAAGACAUAAACAUCACAUAGACCCUAUUUGUGCAUCAUUUUCAAGUUUAAAACAGACAUUUGUAAUGAACAGAAAACAAUUUGUAAUUAAUUAUAUUACCUAUAUAAUACUUGUAAAUGUUUUCGUAACCAUUUAUAUUUGGCUUAUGACAUUCAACCCAUAAGGAGUUGUUUUUCUCACUUGUCAUUAUCAAACCUAAUGAUUUUUAAUUUUGGUACAACUCCUUAAAGGGUUGAAGGUUCUGACAAUAACUGAGGGAACUGAUGUUCUGAAUAAAUGAUGUGAAGUAAACACAAUUGUAUUUGAAAUGUACAAUUACAUUUUAUUAAUGUGUUAAUAGAAACUUACAAAGUCAGUCCUCAAAUUCCACAAAUGUACCAAAUCACACUUUAUAAUACCAAUGGUCAGUAUUUAUUUAGAAUUUUAAUGUAUUAAGUACAUUUUCAUGCUAUAUACAAACUUUAGAUAAAACCUCCCUUGUUUGUUUAGUGAAAAUAGAAGCAACUCCCUUCUCAAAUUAUUCUAGAAGUUUGUUUCUUCUUACAAUUUAGCCUGCUCUCCAAGAAAAACAAUUUUUGCACAAAUUUCUUAGUGAAUGUCCUUGCAUUUCUCAGGCCAUUGAUAAGGUUUAUAUAAGAGUUUAAUAUUUUUAUGUGAGGUAGGGCUCAUUUGGUUUACUUGUAAGAAGAAGAAAGGGAGUCAAUGAUAAAAUGAGAUCCCGUUCUCCAUGAAGUUCAUAUCUGAAAAAGAAACAGUUAAACUUUGGAUUUCUUACCCAUAUAACUUAACUAGCAGAUGUCUUUUGUGCUGAUGAAAGCUUUACCGUGUUAUGACCAAGAUGCCCUUCUAAGGAUCAUUAUCAUUUGCCUUUUUUUUUUUUUUUUUGAGACGCAGUCUCACUCUGUCACCCAGGCUGGAGUGCAGUGGCACGAUCUCAGCUCACUGCAACCUCUGUCGCCUAGGUUCAAGCAAUUCUCCUGCCUCAGCCUCCCGAGUAGCUGGGACUACAGGCGCCCGCCACCACGCCCAGCUAAUUUUUGUAUUUUUAGUAGAGACAGGGUUUCAUCAUGUUGGCCAGGCUUGUCUUGAACUCCUGACCUCGUGAUCCACCCGCCACGGACUCCUUAACUGCUAGGAUUACAGGCGUGAGCCACCAAGCCCAGCCUCAUUUGCCAUUCUUUUUUUUUUUUUUUUUUUUUUUUAGAUGGAAUCUCACUCUAAUUGCCCAGGCUGGAGUGCUGUGGCACAAUCUCGGCUCACUGCAACCUCCGCCUCCCAGGUUCAAGUGAUUCUCCUGCCUCAGCCUUCCGAGUAGCUGGGAUUACAGGCACGCACCACCAUGCCUAGCUAAUUUUUGUAUUUUUACUAGAGACAGGGUUUCACCACGUUGGUGAGGCUGGUCUCGAACUCCUGACCUCGUGAUCUGCCCACCUCAGCCUCCCAAAGUGCUGGGAUUACAGGCGUGAGCCACUGCGCCUGGCCUCAUUUGCCAUUCUUGAGCAUUAAAUCAAACCUUGCAAAGUUGGGCACUAGUUGCCAGAGACUUUAGAGAAAUCUGCUUAUCCUGGAAUUACUCUUCUUUGGAGUGCUGUGGGAAGCACUACAGUUGGGAGGUACUUGGUCUAAAAAGAGCUUCAUUUGCAUAAAAUACACUUUUGAUUGUUUUGUUUGCUAAGGACUCAAUUGAGCCCUAGCAAUUUGGUGAGGUAGAGUGGGUAGAAAAUAAAAAGAAGUAUUCCUUUCUUCCCCAACCUUCUUUUCCUCACCACAACUUUCACCAUUACGGUGUUACUUCAUUAUUUUAUGAAGUUCUAGGAAAUGAUUGUGUGAAUAAAUUGUCUCCAUUGUUUGUAUUUGGGGAAAUCUGCCAAAAUUUGAGGAAAGUAUGAACGUCAGUUUUGCUUUUUUUUUUUUUUCUCACAAUGCCCAAUACAUCAGCCAUUCUCUCCACGUAAGCUGCUGCAUGCAAGUGGAGUAUUACUGAAGAGUACACCAUUGGUCUUAGCUAUUUUUUUCUCUUCCUGCAGUCCUCUUCUGCCCAUGUUUUCCUAUGCACAGAAACUAUAAGGUGCUGAAGACAUUUGGUUUUCUCUUAAGCUGAAGGAGUUCUCAGCUGUUCUGUCUUUGGGGUGUGGGCAUCAGGGAGAAUCUGACAGUAGAAAGGUAAUAUGUAGUGUGAUUUUUUUGUUGCUUUCUGGGGUGAACUGUAUACUUAACAGGUGGUGUACUUUUUUAUUACCGGAUUUGAAUCCAGCUGAUCCUCUUUCAUAUACUUGAUUAUACUACAGUGGCCAGCAGGAAAACAAUGUACAAACUUUUUUUUUAAUGCAUUUAAAAUGAAGGGCAUUCUGCUUUUUUGUUUUUUUUGUUUUGUUUUGUUUUUUUUAGUGGCAAAGUAAAUCUCAAUGUUUCAAGUCUGGAUUUAGGCAACUACAUUUACUAGGAUUUUUAAAAUUGUAUCCCUUAGCAUGUUGUUUAUUUGGUUUUUACUUAAAUGUUUACUUCUAAUGUUUUCCUAACAUGGUCUCAUUUUGUAAUGUAAAUUUGUAUUAAAUGCCAUACACACAUUUUCAUUCUUCUGCUAAAACAUGUAUUGUGUGCACUUACUAAAUUUUAAAGCAUUAAAAAUUAUUUCAUGAUA